AGGGACCGACCCGCUUAUCCGUACUACGAGGGCAAGGAAAGCACUCUGCAUCGGGAGUAUACUUGAUCGAUGAUCUGAGAGGUUUCGUCCGGGAAGGGAAUUUAAACAACUUCCUAAAAUUUCGAUCAAUCAAGCGCAAGUGGUCGUUUACAGCUACUACUAUUUGAUGGAUCCCACAAUGGCGGAAGCCGUUUCCAAAGAGGUGGCUCGGGAAUCAGUCGUCGUUUGCGAUAAUAUCGACAACGUUUGUGUGGAUUCUAUGAUUGUUAACUGGAUAAACCGGAAGCUUCUUGAGAAGAGUACCUGCGGGUUGCAUACUCUUGAGGAAUAUGCAGCUGUGAUGAAGUAUGACGAUAGAAAAAGAUUGAACGAUGAAUACGUUGGACUAGUUCAGGUUCUUAAAGAUGAAUUAAUGCAUUAAAUCCCGGCUGCGGGUUCUGCAGGAAUACCCAGCUGGUUUUCUUAAAGACAUUCAAUAAAAAGUUUGCAUCGA